AUGUUGACAAAAGCAGCCUGCCUCUUGGGCCUCUCAGUCAUAUCUGCCGUCAACGCAGUUCAAUACGGAUACAAUCAUGUUUCUGUUCGACCGGAUCCCCCGCUGAUAGCUGCCAAUUUCAAGGACGUCGACAUUAAAUUGUUGUCACCCGCCUUCCUCGGGGAUAGACAGCCAGGGUUCAAGAAUGGCACUCAAGGACCAACCUCACAUGAAGAUAUGGAAUCGUUCAUGGAAAAAAUCGCUUCCAAUAACGAUUACAUGUCGUAUCACACAACAAACUUCACAUCCGAGGAGUUCCGCUCAUUCCCAUACGUGAAGCUAUCAACUGCCAAAGGGCGUCGCAAAUCGAACAAACUGCGAAUCUUUAUCGACGCCAGUGUCCAUGGAAAUGAACCAGCUGGAGACGAGUCUAUGCUAGCUCUCCUCGGCAAGUUUGACAAUGACCCCAAGUGGGCUGCCAAGAUGCUGAAGGAUGUCGACAUUGUCAUCAUGCCUCGGUACAACCCCGACGGAAACUACUAUUUCCAGCGCAUUCUCGCAUCCGGCCUUGAUCCCAAUCGUGAUCACGUCAAGCUUGCUCGUCAGCAGACGCGUGACAUUAAGAAGUUCUUCAGCGAAUUCGCACCUCAUGUUGCGAUUGAUAUGCACGAGUAUGGCGCCGCUUCGAGAUACGGCAAUUAUGUCCAGGCUGCGGAUGGUCUUUUCUCUGCUGCGAAGAACCUGAACAUCAACAAGAACAUCCGUGAGCUAUCAGAAAAGCUGUUUGCUAAGAAUAUUGGCGAGGAUAUGGUUAAGGCUGGCUUGAGGUGGGAGCCAUAUGUGACUGGUUCAACCAACUCGACACCUGGUUAUGUCCCUAAGUUCUAUGAGGCUGGUUCAGAUGUCAAGAUUGGCCGCAACGCUAUGGGCACGACUCAAUGUAUCACCUUUCUAAUUGAGAUGCGAGGCAUUGGCCUUGCUGAUCAAGAAUUCCAACGCCGAACCGCUGCUGGUCUGACCAUGGCCAGCUCUAUCAUCGAGACAGCUGCUAAAAACGCAGAGAAGGUGUUCGAGACAGUUGAAGGAGGCAUCAAGGAUUUCAUCAAGUCCAAGGACCCCAUUGUGAUCACCGAUUACACAAAGUUCAGCACUCGCGAAUUCGAAAUGAUCGACGCAACCAACGGCUCCGUCGUCAAAGUCCCUGUCCAGUUCGCUUCUACAACGCCUACAACCGCAAACCUCACCCGCUCUCGACCCGAGUCCUAUCUCAUCCCUGUAGCUUGGUCCAGUCUUGCGGAACGCCUCGAAAUCUCUGGUCUUGAAGUGAAGACUCUUGAUAAGGCUUGGAGCGGCACCGUCGAGGCUCUCAACGUUACGUCUUCUGAGCUCAGUAGAUCAUACUACGAAGGUGUCGUGCUUGCAACAAUUACAACCGAGGCCAAGAAGAAGGAGAUCAAGCUACCAGCCGGCAGUUUCCUUGUCAGCACCAGACAGAAGAAUGCUGGUCUGGCAUUUGCCGCUCUCGAGCCUGAGAACAUCGAUUCUUAUGCCAGCGCCAACAUUAUCCCAUUGGAUGUUGGAGACGAAUAUCCUGUUUUCAGGGUUAUGAAGUAA